GAAAUUAACACCCACCCACCAUGAAACAUCAAUAUCCCUACCCAAACCCAAAUAAAACCAAACGUGUAAACGUUUCUCGAUGGGAGGAGAAUUUGAUUCUUCUCUGAUCUACAAACGAACAGCGGUCGUUUUCCUGUUCCGGGAGGCGUUUUAACGUUUUCCGGCAACAUAAAUGGCCGCUGUUCGUCGCAUUCCGACGUUCCCCUUAAUCUUCUUCUCAUUCUGCCUCAUUCUGCAAUGCCUACCCCUUUCCAUCUCCGUCGGAGACGACGUGGUUCUGAUUGAGUUCAAGGAAUCAUUGCAGAACACCAAAGGCCUCGAUGAUACCUGGGUAAAAGGUAAAAGCCCCUGCGACAAGACCCGCCGAUGGUUCGGCGUUCUAUGCCACCGGAAAACGGUUACAGGGCUCCGUCUUUACAAUAUGGGCCUGGCCGGCGACAUUGACGUUGAUGCAUUGUCGAAUCUUCAAGGUCUUAGGAUGAUAGCCUUGGCGAAUAACAGCUUUUCAGGGCCCAUCCCUGAUUUCGACAAGCUGAGGCAUUUAAAGUCGCUUUUCAUACAAGGGAACAGGUUUUCCGGGGAGAUCUCUGCAGAUUACUUCGCGAAGAUGACUGGGUUGAGGAAACUUUGGCUUUCCCACAACGGGUUUUCUGGGAAUAUUCCUGCCUCGUUGGGGAAAUUGCCACGCCUGGUUGAACUCCAUUUGGAAGGGAAUGGAUUCUCCAGUGCUGUACCCCCUCUGGCGCAACGAUCCUUGACGAUUCUUGAUUUGUCGGGGAAUAAAUUGCAGGGAGAAAUCCCAUCAGGCAUGGCGAGAUUCGGGGCAAAGGCAUUCGAGGGAAAUCCUGAGCUGUGUGGGGAGCCGGUGGGGAGACAAUGCAGAGAGGAUUUAGGUAAAGACGGGGGUGGUGGCGCUGAAGCUCAAACACCUGAAAACGCCCAGCGCCAUAGUUCAGGCAUGAGAUGGCUACUCUUAUCCAUAGUGGCAGGCCUUCUCUUGGUGGCAAUCCUUUUCAACAAGAACCAGAACGAAGAGAACGUCAAAACCAGGAGAAAAGAUAAUCUUGACGAGGUUCUGGUGGUGCAGAUUGCCAGCAUGGCCAGGAGCGAAUCCAUUAAUCAUUCGUCCAGGAGAAGCACCUCCACCGAGGGAUCAUCAUCACGAGGAGGGGAUUUCGUCCUGGUGAACGAGGAAAGGGGAAUGUUUGGGCUGUCAGAAUUGAUGAUGGCGUCUGCUGAGGUCCUUGGCAAUGGCGGGUUGGGAUCAGCUUACAAGGCGGCGCUGCCGGUGAUUGGACUGACGGUGGUGGUUAAGAGGCUGAAAGAGACCAAUAAAAUGAACAAAGAUGCAUUUGAUGCAGAGAUGAGAAAGAUGGGGAUGUUACGGCACCACAAUAUCUUGCCACUUUUGGCUUACCAUUACAGAAAACAGGAAAAGUUGGUGGUUUCUGAAUUUGGCCCCAAAGGCAGCCUGUUAUACCUCUUGCAUGGUGAUCGCGGGACUGCUCACAAUGAUCUAAAGGCAGCCACACGCAUAAAGAUCAUCAAGGGAGUUGCGAGUGGAAUGGAGUAUCUCCACACAGAAUUUGCAACCUACAAGCUACCACACGGCAACCUUAAAUCCAGCAACAUUCUUCUCACACCAACCUACGAGCCACUUCUCACAGACUACGCCUUCCAUCCGCUGGUGAGCGGCACGCCAACCCUGCAGUGCAUGUUCGCUCUCAAGGCUCCGGAGGGCCACCAAAUCUCGCACAAGAGCGACGUGUACUGCCUGGGGAUCGUCAUUCUUGAAGUGGUGACCGGGAAGUUCCCUUCCCAGUAUCUGAGCAACCAGAAAGGCGGGACGGAUGUGGUGCAGUGGGUACGCCAGGCGGUGGCGGACGGCAAAGAAUCGGAAGUGAUUGAUCCGGAGAUUGCUGGUGCCGGCGAGGAUUCCGAUGGGAAGAUGGUGAAGCUUCUGCAGAUUGGGGCGGCGUGCACGGAGAGUGAUGUUGAGAAGCGGCUUAGCAUGAAGGAAGCCAUCAAGAGAAUACGAGAGAUCCAAGAUGUUGAAGUUUUUCAUGAAUUGCCAUUCCCAGAUGAGAUCAGAGAGGCGGAAUGAGUUGAAGAUUUAAGACCAAAAACGGAGUGCGACAUAAGGGUUGAGACUUGAGAACCAAAUUAAAGCCUGCUCACAUCGAAUUGAAGAAAUUAAACAUGCAUGCAUCCAUGAAGCCAUGAAGGAUUUCUUAAUCAAAUUAAAUUAUCAAAGAAAGUAGAUCAGUAUUCUUUGUUGGCUACUUUGGUGUUGAUUUUUUUACAAUAUUGUUGUGAGCUUUCAAAUGUAAACAAUUACAGGCUGAUAUAUAAAAAUCAAGUCUCCUCCAAUUUGGGAGGGAUCAA